UGGCGGCGGCGGCGGCGGCGGCGGCCAGGUUAGGCGAGGCGAGGCGAGGCGGAGGAGGACCGUGUGCGCCGGCCGGUGGCGGGUAGAAGUGUGAGUGCGGCGAGGAACUAGAGGGAGCCGGGCCGGUGGGGCCGCCGCCGCCGCCAUGCAGGAAAUCAUCGCCAGCGUGGACCACAUCAAGUUCGACUUGGAGAUCGCGGUGGAGCAGCAGCUCGGGGCGCAGCCGCUGCCCUUCCCCGGCAUGGACAAGUCAGGGGCUGCUGUCUGUGAAUUCUUUUUGAAAGCUGCCUGUGGCAAAGGGGGCAUGUGUCCGUUUCGCCACAUUAGUGGUGAGAAGACAGUGGUGUGCAAACACUGGCUGCGGGGGCUGUGCAAGAAGGGGGACCAGUGCGAGUUCCUCCAUGAGUAUGACAUGACCAAGAUGCCUGAGUGCUACUUCUACUCAAAGUUUGGGGAGUGCAGCAACAAGGAGUGCCCCUUCCUGCACAUCGACCCCGAGUCCAAGAUCAAGGACUGCCCUUGGUACGAUCGUGGCUUCUGCAAGCACGGUCCCCUGUGUAGGCACCGGCACACGCGGAGAGUCAUCUGUGUGAAUUACCUCGUGGGAUUCUGCCCGGAGGGGCCCUCGUGUAAAUUCAUGCACCCUCGAUUUGAACUGCCAAUGGGAACCACCGAGCAGCCUCCACUGCCCCAGCAGACGCAGCCUCCGUCAAAGCAAAGUAACAAUCCGCCAUUACAAAGGUCGUCCUCCUUGAUCCAGUUAACGAGUCAGAACUCUUCUCCCAAUCAGCAGAGAGCUCCGCAGGUCAUCGGGGUCAUGCAGAGUCAAAACAGCAGUGCAGGCAACCGGGGACCCCGCCCAUUGGAGCAGGUCACCUGUUACAAGACUCCAUGCCAAGGAGAGGAUCUUGCUAUUGGCUGAUCCACUAGCUGCCUGGCUCAAAGCUUUGACAUUGGUGCCUGCUUAUCUCCUUUCAACAAAUGACUUCAGAAGUGAAGUGAUGCUGCCGGUGAAAGGUCUUUUUACUGGUAGGUCUCCUUACUUCAUCUCAAAUGUUGGAUGGUAUUUAUUCAAAUUCAGGUCUAGGAGAAAAUGAGCCACAGCAUCUCACCCCCUUAUACUCCAUGCAGUAUAUAGGCUCACCAUGGGCCCCUUAACAAGAAACCAAUCUGGCCUUCACAUCAUUUUACUGAGGCCUUUGAUAAAGGUAAGGAAAAGUGCUGUAUAUGGGCUCUCAGGGCCUGUGCUUUCCCUCCCUUAGAUCAUCCUACUAAGCUUCCAUCCGGCACAUACCCAGGAGUAAUGAAGAAAUGGUGGGGAAGGCAUUCUUAGGAAUACAGGACUUCUGCUUUAUACUAUAGCAGUUAGGUGACAAAAGGCCAAAAGUGCUCAGGACAAAGAGCAGGGAAACACUUGAACGGGUCCUGCUAAAUGACCCCCCUAGUGAGCUGGGGCAAAAUCCCAGUGAUGUGGGUGUCCACCAAGGCUUCCUGAUCCGAUGCCCUGCGCUGACAGUCCCCCUUCGGGAGUGGUAAGGCAAUCUUGUCCCAGCUUGUGCAAGGGACCUGAAGUGAGGGAAAUGGCCAAACCAGUGAAGCAGCCCAGUACCAGCCACCUUUUAUUAGGUGUUACAUUACAAUAUGAAAGGAUUCAGAGGUGCUGGGCAAAGGUCAUGGUCAGGAAUGUGGAGUCCACACUGGGCCCUCUUCAGUGGUACUUGCGUCGUCGCUCAUGCUCUGAAGUUAGAAAGUCAAAAAUAAAUUUCUUCAAAGGUACAGGGAAAGCACAAGACAAGAGGGGAAGCAUCGAGCUAAAAUCAUAAAGCCAUCCUGAGAAUUCCUUUCAGAAACUAACCUAGAACCUGCCUGUCAGGGUCUCAGUGGAACUGCUGACCUGAGGAUAUGAAGGCAUCUCAGGUGUUCAUCUGCUCCCUGGCCAGCCUCUUCCUCCCCAGAAGAACACCCACUCAGAUAAUAGCCCCCAAGAACCUGUCCGGUCCUUUGGGGCCACCAUCACCCCAGAUGCCACAGACGGGGCUGGACACUAUCAAACAGCCAUGAAACCCAGUCACCAAUGACACUUUCUGGCAUCUCCCACUGGACAAGCUCCUCUUGGAUCUCAGAACCAGGAACAGCUACACUUCUCCAAAGCACUGCCCAGAUUGUACCACUCAACUUCCCUCUGCUUGGGCUGCUAGGAAAAUGAAGCCAAAUUUUCCAUCAACCUUUGGCAGAGCCUGCAGUAUCUUAUAGAAUGCUUCCUAAGUAUUACCUUAACCCCAGCUUCAUCUUAUUUUUCUGUGUAUUUUCUCUUUGCCACAAUUUUCUCAUUUAAAAUCCUAAAAACUAUA